GAAUGCCUGAGUGGAAAAUAGGAGCUCGGAAAUGGCGACGCCGAGCAGGCAAGAAGAAGGACAGCUAGGCCUGUUUAUAUUAGCCACAUAGCUAGCAGGCAGCUAGUCAGUGUUCAAGGUUGUAGUGUAUGUUAUGAUACACUCAAGCAAGAGCUCUGCGUACAAGUCAAAUAUGUCUGGCCAUAAUAGUUUUCGCAUGCGACUUAAUUCUGUUCUCUCGAUAAAACGCCGAAGUAUAACGUGAAUACAGUUUGCAGAUUUGUUGUAUCGUAUCCUUGUAAUGGAUAGAAGUACGAAAUGAAAACCAACAUCUGGUGAAUUUACUUAGCAUCGUUGGUCCUUUAUUGAACGUACUGCUUUAUCUAAACAACUCAAUGUGUGCUAUUGAUGGAUUUGGAGGAGAAUGAGGUGGAGAGCAGCAGUGAUGCCGGCCCCUCUGGGCUGGAGGAGCCCUCAGAGAGUGGCAUGGGUGUGGAGUCAUCAGAAGCCAUGUCUGCAGACAGCAGCGAUGCAGCUGCUCCACAUGGACAGAUCCCAGAUUCUGACUGCCACGUGGGACAAAGCUCAGAGGGUGUUUUGCUGUUCGUCCCGGAGACCAGCUCAAGCACGGACGUCCGGGUGUCUUCGGUGCACCUCCCGGACUCCUCCUCGGUGGCCCAGUCCACCAGCGUUUCCAGCGUCUCCACGGUGACGCAGUCUGUGCUGGUGUCCGAGUCGGCCCAGAUGCUGGUUCACUCGAGCGUGGUGUCCGACGGAGCCAUGAUGGUGUCCGACUCGACCGCGUCCACCUCCUCAGACCUUGGCUCCGCCAUAGACAAGAUCAUAGAGUCGACCAUCGGACCCGACAUUAUGAACGGAUGCAUAGCAGUAACAAGUGCAGAAGAUGGAGGAGCAGAGACCACCCAGUAUCUGAUACUGCAAGGGCCGGAUGACGGUGCUCCUAUGGUAGCCCAGAUGUCCUCGGCACUGUCCAGCAGAUCAGCCACCGAGGCGUCCGGAGAGGGACCGACCUCGACCUGUGUGGACCAGGGAGACCUGCACGGCCACCUGGAGCCCAGCUACCGGGCCGGAUACUCGGGCUACGCCGAGGAGAGCGGCGACCAGCGGCCCGACCAGCCCGAGCACUCCCACCCCUCCCAGUACAUGGACUGCGGCCCCGACCAGACGGGCGAAUCCUCCUCGUCCGCCUACGGCGAGUGUUCCGGCGACGAGCCCGACCAAACGCGCUCCGGGUCGGGCUUCGCCGACUACAGCGGGGGCGACCGGGACCUGCCCGGCUACGUGGAGUGCAGCGGGGCGGACUCCAACCCCACCAGCCACGGCCACUACGUGGUGGAGUGCAGCGAGGAGUACCUGGAGUGCGGCGGCGAGGCGGAGGUGGAGCGUCCGCGGGGCUACAUCGACAGCAGCGCCGACCACGGCGCGCAGACGGGCCGCCAGUACCCCGGCGAGUACCGAGGGGACUGCGUGGCGGCGGCCGACUCGGAGCAGCCGGGCUACUCUCACUGCACCGUCGGAAGUCACGUGAGCGAUGACGAAGACGACGAGGAAGAGGACGAGGAGGAGGACGACAACGACAACGACUUUGGUGGCUUCGACGUCGAAACCCACGACCUCGAUCGGCCCCAGCACUCCCACCAGCAGCAGCAGCAGCAGCAGCAGCAGCAGCAGCAUCCGCUGAACUGCUAUGUGGAGAACAGCGGAGAGGUCUACGCGGACGAAGGCUCUUCCUCCUCCUCCUCCAACCACCACCACCCCAUGGCGGACACCGCGGGGUCCGGCGGGCUGCCAGAGGCCCUGGAGAGCAGCGAGAGCCAGCCGGGGCCCUUCAUCAGCAGCAGCGGCACCUACAACGCCAACCCGGACCCAGAGCCGGAGCCGGAACCAGAACCGGAGUUGGGGCCGACGCUGGACCCCAGCGGGGAAGAGCCCCAGGGCUCCCAGGGCUCCCAGGGGCCCGAGGUGACGCCCGGACGGCUGGGGGACUCGGACAUGUCGGUAGAGAUGGCGGAGGGCAGUGGGGACCGCCAGCCGAACCUGGCGGAGCUGGAGGAGAUGAUGGAGGUGGUGAUCGUGCAGCAGUUCAAGUGCAAGAUGUGUCCGUACAAGAGCACGUCCAAAGACACCCUCAUAAACCACAUGCGGGAUAAGCACUUCAGAAGCGCAGGGGGUGCUCAGAAGAAGCGAGGGCGUGGACGGCCCCCUAAGAGCGAGACCCUGGCCCGGCGGAAAGCGGAGCAGGAGGCGGCCGAGGAGCGGAGGGCCGCCAGGCACAAGGCGGACGAGCCGCCGCCGCCGCCGCCGGCAGAGGAAGAGGACGACGAGGUGGUGGACGCCGGGGCCAUCGACGACCCAGCAGAGGAUAGCGACUAUAACCCAGCUGACGAAGAAAACAGCUGCAAGCCGCAACCCACUACUGUGAAGCCCCCCCAUCUUCCUCCUCCAAUCUCCUCCUCUCCCUCUUCCUCCUCCUCACAGGGACGCCCUCGCCGCAAGGUGGGCCGUCCCAGGAAGUUCAGCCUGGUGGAGGAGGGCUACGGCAGUAGAGAGGGGAUCGAAGAAGAGGGCAGUCCUGCCAAGAAGCUCAAACUGGAGAUGGAGGCUGCGGACCCUGAUGAGGCCAGUACUUCUGGCCUGGGCAAUGCUCCCACAGAAAACGGAUCUCCAGACGCGGCUGAGCCCUCGGUCAGCCAAUCAGACUCCGAGAACAAAGACCCGUCCUCACACGCCGGGCAGGAGGAGGACUUCCCUAAGAAAAGAGGACGGCCCUCCAAGAGGUUCCUCCGGAAGAAGUAUAGAAGAUACAUGAACCGCAAUCGCUAUUACAAAUCCCUCAAGCCGCUGCUGAGGCCACAUAACUGCUGGAUCUGCGGCUCGCGCUUCCUGUCACAGGAGGACCUGCGCUUCCACGUGGACUCCCACGAGGGCAACGAGCCCGAGCUCUUCAAGUGUCUGCAGUGCAACUACCACUGCAAGCGCUGGUCCUCCCUCAAGGAGCACAUGUUUAACCAUGAGGGCAAGAAGCCGUUCAAGUGUGAGGAGUGUGACUACAGCAGCGUGUAUAACAAGGAUGUUCUGCGCCACUCCGCCGUCCACAACAAAGAGAAGAAAAGAAAAAUGGAAAUGCUUCCAAAAAUCUCCCAGUUCCCGUGCCCAAUUUGUCACAGGGUCUAUCCUAUGCAAAAGAGACUCACCCAGCACAUGAAGACCCACAGCACUGAGAAACCUCACAUGUGUGAUAAGUGUGGCAAAUCCUUCAAGAAGCGGUACACGUUUAAAAUGCAUCUGCUGACCCACAUCCAAAGUCUUGGAGACAGCCAGUUAUCGUGUGGCAGGUUCAAGUGUGAGUACUGCGACUACACGUGUGACAACAAGAAAAUGCUGCUCAACCACCAGCUCUCCCACACCAACGACAAGCCCUUCAAGUGUGACUACUGCCAGUAUUCCACGACCAAGGAGGAGUUCCUGGUGUCCCACCUGGCCAUCAAGCACACCGGUGAGAAGCCGUUCUCCUGCGGCCUGUGCCACUUCACCACCAAGCACCGCAAGAACCUGCGGCUGCACGUGCAGUGCCGGCACCCCGAGGCCUUCGAGGUCUGGAGCGCCACGCACCCCGAGGAGCCGGCGCGCCGCCGCCGCCAGCCCUUCUUCACCCUGCAGCAGAUCGAGGAGCUCAAGCAGCAGCAGCAGGAGGAGGCGCCGCCGGGCCUGCAGAGCACCAUCGUGGCGCUAGAUCCUUCCACGUUACAGCCCAUCCAGGGGUUAGGGAAGGCCUCCGUCUCCCAAGAUGCACAUGGAAACACCACCAUUAUCUAUGAAUCAGCGGGACCCAGCGACCUGUCGGCCCAGAACGCCCUGGACCUGCUGCUGAACAUGAGCAACGCCCGGGAGCUGGUGGGCAACUCUCUACAGGUGGCGGUGAUGAAGUCCGACACCAAGGCCGCCGACGGGUCCACCCAAAAGGUGGUGACCUUCCACGUGUCCGAGAGCGGCGACACGGUGAUGCAGGAGGCCUUUGAGGAGGCGGGCGCCAUGGAAACGACGGAGCUAGCGCAGAUCGCCAUGGAGGCCUACGAGGCGGGUGGGGACUUUAGUGUGGUGGAGCAGGCCGUCGAGCAGAUCAACAGCCCGGACCCGGGAUACAGCAACGAUGAGGGAAGUCCAUCUGCCGGGAUUGACGUCAGUGAGUCAGAGAGCAUGAAAAGUGAAAAAUACUACCUCACCUCUACGCUGGCUGACGGAGUGCUGCAGCAGGUGGAGUUGAGCAGUGAGGCCCCUCAGUCCCCCACCGCCGGGGGCUCCCCCGGUCAGAACACCAAGCGCUUCUCCUGUCGGAUCUGCAUGGAGGCCUUCCACGGCCGGUCGGACAUGGAGAACCACAAGAGGGCGCACUUGGACCCAAGCACCUUCAAGUGUCCCGACUGCAACUUCACUGCCCCCUCCUGGCUCGAAGUCAGAGACCACAUGAAUCUACACGCAUACCUGCGGCCACACAAAUGCCCCAGCUGCAGCUUCGCCUCCAAGAACAAGAAGGACCUGCGACGGCACAUGAUGACCCACACCAACGAGAAGCCCUUCGCCUGCAAGCUGUGUGGACAGAGGUUCAACCGUAACGGCCAUCUCAAGUUUCACAUGGAGCGCUUGCACAACCAGGAGAACGCCGUGCGCAAGAGCCGCGCCCAGACACCCCAGCAGCAGACGAUCAUCGUCCACAAUGACGAGGAGGCCCUGGCCACACUGCAGUCAGCCCUACAGUCGGGCCAGGUGCUCACCCAGGAGAGUCUCCAGGCCCUAGGGCAGGAGCACGUCAUCAUGACCCAGGAGCAGUCCCUGUCCGACCAGGAGGAGGGGUCUUACAUCCAGCAGAUCACCACCAUGGAUGGACAGACUGUUCAGCAGCUGAUGUCGGGAGACAAUCAAGUGACGGAGGUGCAGUACAUCAUCUCAGAGGACGGCGUGCAGCACCUGCUGCCCCAGGAGUACGUGGUGCUGGGCGAUGGGAACCACAUCCAGAUGGCAGAUGGACAGAUCAUCCAGUAUGAACACGACGGGUCGUUUCUGCAGGAACAGAUUGCAGUGAGUCAUGACGGUCAGAUCCAGUACUUGCCUAUCAGCUCCAAGCAGCAGAUCGUCAUCCCAGAAGAGCUGGAGGCUGCGGCCCAUUCUGCCGUCACAGCAGUGGCGGAUGCAGCAGCCAUGGUCGAGUCCCAGACGGUGUACACAACAGAGGCCACGGCCGAACAGCUGGAGCAGCUCCAGCAGCAAGGCAUCCACUAUGACGUCAUCACCAUCACUGAGGCCCAGCCGUGAGGACCAUUCUGACACGACGAGAGGAACACCGACAGAUCUCACGUUUUGAUCGUCCGUUUAAGAUUCCUGGGAUUGUCACAUAGAGGGUUUGGGUGGGAUUGAAUUGCACUGUUAAAAAAAGAUAAAUGGCUUUUGUACAUUUAGAAUUGAGGAACAAUCUUUUUUUAUUUAAAUCGUAGGAACUCUUCAUUUAGGAUGCACGUCAAGCAAGAUAGGCCUGCUGUGUAAAUAUUUAAACGGAUCCACGUCCAUGUGCCUCGAAUGCUUUGAUUUGCAAAUCAAUUUUGGAUAAGAAGAGAUCUUUUAUGUUAUUGAGAAUGUACUGAACUUUUCAGUUACAAACAGUAACAUGCACGCAGAGUGUUUAUUUUUGAUCUGUAAAAAAAGGAUACAAUUUGGCUGAUGAUUAGCUUUGUGGCAACUGCUUAUGGGUAAUUUGUACAUACUGUUCUAAGUCUCUUUCAUGAUGGGUGGGGGAAAACAUUCAUUGCUGAAUGAAAUCAAACUGUUUACUAGGUCAUGGGGGAAGAAAACAAAUAAAGAGCCACAAUAAAGUUUUAAAAAUAAUGUUUAACAAUUUGUUUGUUCGUUUAAUUUGACCUUGUAGAGAAUUGAUGGAUAAUCUUUUUCUAAAUGUUUGAUAUUUUUCAAUGUUAAUAGCUCACUGAAUCCCAUCAAUCAUUCAAACCAUAAAGAACAUUCUUAAACUACACAACAUUCUUGAAGAGUAGUUAAUUUGCGUUCAUAUUUUGCACCAAAUACCAAGGAACGUUUGGCCUUCACAGACCACCUCAUCAGUGGCACCUUGCUGCAGGUCAAUAGGUUUUGAGAGUACUACAAUUCAUUCCCUGAACUUGCAUUGAGUUCCGCUUUGAAGGCAUAUUCAAUGCUGAAUGGAAGCAAGCUUUGGACGGAGCUGAGUCAUCUACGGGAAGAAGGAAUUCAAGUCCUGGUGCUGUGGACCUUUUUCAUGUUAUUUAUGGACAUUAACCUGUCAGAGGUAUUUUCAGAGACUGUCACACUACUUAAAAUAUGAUCACCACACCCAUGUCCACUGCAAAGGCUGAGAGGUGUUUUUAAACUCUGAAGAGGAUCAAAACCUUCCUCUUGAACACCAUGACCCAGGACAGGCUGAAUGCUUUAGCUAUCCUAUCCAGGGAGGAAAAGCUUGUGCCUGAGAAGACAGACUUUCAUUAGAAAGUCAUUGACUAAUUUGCAAGUCAGAAAGAUAGGAGGGCUACAUUUCUUAACAAGUAGUGGACACUGGUCUAAAACUCUUCAUUUAAAUUAAAAUCACAUCUACCAGAUUAAAAAUGUUCAGGGGGAGGACCCCCAGAUCCCCAGUCCCUGACCACACCCCACCCACAAAUUGAAUCACCAGCCGCCACCCCAUUUACAUAGAUAGAGCUAUGAAGAGAUAACGUAACUCUGAAAUGUCAAUAUUCUUUGUCAAUGUUUUUGUAGAGAAAAUGUAUUUCAUAAAAACUCCAAUCAACAAUAUAUUCAACCAAUAAACUGAUCAUUUAUUUCCAUUAGCCAUAGGCCUGUAUCAAUUAGAAAACGUUCCAAGUUGUAGGCCUACAAAUCAAAAGCAAACAGAAACACAGUUAUAAUAGUCGAACAUUUUUCCCAGUUAUUGAGAGAGGCUACAUAUUUCGAAAUUGUUUCCAGGUCAUCUUUUUUAACUCUUAAACCCACAACUUCUGCUUUCGACACCAUUUCCUCAACGGUCAGGGGCCAGGACUGCCUGCAAACAGCCCGACCUGUGUGGGCAUUUUAAGAUGAACAUCCCAAUUGUCUUACUUAUUUUAUUGGGUGUACAUCUUUCCAAAGAGCAACAGACGACUGAGAGGUUUGGAGAAAUAUUGCUCAGAUUGGACUUCCCUAUGUACUUCGACAGCUUCGACAAGUCUUGCUGUAGGAUGUUUCGGGCUGGAUGUUUCAUAGCGAUGGACAACAGAGGUUAUGUGUGUAACCUACUCCGGGGACGGGCCACCCUAACAGAGAGAAGCGGCUCGGUGGAGUUCAGAAUAACCAACGCGCAGCUCAUAGACGGAGGCCAUUACAGGUGUUAUGUUGAGGGAAGCCACAACGUCUUCAAAGACUUUGUCGUCGAGGUCUCUGAACCUUCCGAGCUUCGUCCACACUCGCUAGUGUCGACCCUCCAACCCUCGUCGACGAUAACGACCCCUCCGACCCCUGCUAGUACUGGGUCCACUCCGCCCCAGUACCGUAAGAGAAGUCCUAUUGCUCCCUGGACGUUAUACGUGCUGUUGGCUACGAGUUUGUCAAUCACCACCAUCGCUCUCAUUGGAUGUGUGACUGCCGUCGUUUGCUGCCUACGCAAGAAGUCGAAAAACCAAGUUGUUGAAAGCCAGCCUGACUCAUCCAAACACAUGACCCCUGAAGCGAGCUCCAUAGUCUACACAACAGUGGACUUCAAACACCACCAGCUAACACCCAUACAGCUCUAUGCAAACCUGGAGAUGAGAGCCCUUACCACCAAACAGAGCAAAGAUCUCCGCAGAUCUCCAGAGACAGUGGAGUACUGCACAUUGGCUCCUAGACGAUAAAUGUAGCGGCAAAGCAACAUUCCUUUAGUAAGGUUCAAAGAUGAAUUGUAAUGGGCUCUUUCGCUCAUCCGUUUUUGGUGACCUGUUCUAAAGAACCGCAUUGAUAUGUGAUUCAUGUGAAUUGGUUUGGUAUUAAUGUACAGAAAACCAUAUGAUAGGAAGUGUUAAAAGGAUUGAUAUCUGUUUCUUCGUCUUCACCUCAAGUAGAAACCUGUUGACCUUUCAGGGCGCUUUUUCUACAACAGCUGUGAGGUUAGCGUGUGAUAACUCUGUGUGCUUUUAUCAGCUCCUUUUAUAAAACAUCAUAGGGAAUCAGUGUUCCUCUUUUCUUAGCCAUUCCCUAUCUUUUUCUUGAAAGGAUUCUCUUUGUUCCAUCCAUGAAUGGAUGUGGGGUAUCUCUUCCAAAGAGUUGGAAGAGUCGUGGGGUUACAGUCUCAUGCCUGUGAUAUUUUGGUGCAAAGAGGACGACGCGAACACCGUUCUGAUAAAUAAUUAAAGCCACACCUCAACACACAUCACCAGUAAAGACAAAAGCUAUUUUCUUCAUUUGCAAUGCUCUGGGAUUUUAUUUGAAAUGAGCUAUACAUCAUAUGACUUCUACAUCACUAAUGAUGUAGAAGUGGAUAUGUUCAGCAAUAGCUUACUUAAAGGGGCUAGACUGAUUAGACAGAUGGAGCCAGACCGACGUAUUUGCUCUGGCUGUCGAAGACGACGUAGAACUCCCUGAUGAAGACAUCUCCAAGGAUCCACAGCUGUUGGUUGCCUCCACCAAAGCCGGUGCGGCAACCAUAAGAAGACUGAAGAAACAAGAGGAAAUGUCAAUUCAACAAAUGUUCAUAAGGAAUGAUCAGACCUCUUCUUGAUAGUUCACACUGUGUUUGUGUGUGUUCUUGAGUUUGUAUGCAAUCAAAUAUUGUGUGCAUGUGUGCACGCAAGGGCAUAAGCACUCAUGCUUUCAUCUCUAUUUUUCUAUUUGGCCCCCCUAAUGCUAUCUGCUCCAUGCAGUCUCAUCUUGGUGGCCUGUCCACAAAUGUUAAAUCUGCUGCCCGUAAUCUGUGGGUGAUUUUUGACCCUAAUCUCCCUUUUAAUGGCCAAACAACGAGUGUUGUUCAUUCGUGUUUUUUCCAAUUGGGGAACAUCGCUAAAAUCGGGUCCUUCGUAUCUUGUACAGACUUUGAAAAGGUUAUCCAUGCUUUUAUUUACUCACGUUUAAAUUAUUGUAACUCCCUAUACUCACUGGGCAGAGUCAGAAAGCCCCAUCCCACCUCCAGCUGGUACAAAAUGUUGCUGCUAGGCUUUUAACUAAUUCUAGGAGACGAGACCAUAUUACUGCCGUCCUUGCCAAUCUCCACUGCUUGCCUGUAGUUUUGAGAGCUGAUUUUAUGAUUUUACGGAUAACUUUUAAGGCUCUGCAUGGUCUGGCUCCAAGUUAUAUUUCAGACCUGUUUGUCCCCUAUGAGCCUAAGUAUAGCCUGAGAUCCUCGGGUAGGGGUAGGUUGUUCCCAAAUCACGCCUUGUAACCAAAGGUGACCGGGCUUUUGCUGUACGGGCCCCUCAGUUGUGGGGCUCCCUGCCUGAGAAUCUCAGACAAGCUGAAUCAGUAUCAUCUUUUAAGUCUCUUUUCAAAAACUCAUCUUUAUGCAAAACCUUUCUUAUAGUAGUUUUAUUAUUGAACACAUUGCUCUCUUCCUUUUGCUCUACUUUAUGGGGUUUUUGUUAGUACUUUUGUACUCUUUUACAAUGUUUUUUGUGUGUAAUUUCUUUUAAAUAUGUUUUAUUCUGUUCUGUGAAGCACUUUGUAAUCCUGUUUCAAAAAGUGCUAUACAAAUAAAGGUUAUUAUUAUUA